AUGAGCACUGUUCGUCCGAGUGAUGGUCAAAGUCGUGCCUUCAAAGUGGCUAUCGUCAAGUCGUGUGAUCACCUGAUUGCUCGCUACUCGAAGCAGUCGUCACUCUUCAAUUUCAUUCAAAGACCCGAAGCUGAAGCAAUCAAGCGUCGCAAGCGCUACGGACAUGUACCGCGCUUCGUGAAGCACAUCACCAGUGUAGUACAAGACUAAACAACCUUCGACUACCUCGCCAAUACCAGCACGAGCGGCUUGUAAGCUGCUAUCUCCCAAUAUGGCGAAACGAUUUAAGCAAACAGACUGUAUUGUGACCAUGCCAAACAGACGAAGGCUGUCACUCGAUGAAUUGCUGUGGCUGAACUUGAUCUGGCCGUCGUCAUCUUCACUCAAGGAAGGAGCAUCGACAACCUCUUAGCUUCUAACGCGGACACAGCAGCGACCUUAAGCUCAGUAGGACUUAUCCACUUUUGACUUGUGGAGAGGAGUACAUUACGUAUGCCGGAUAGAACCAAUGCUCGAUGGGGGCUCGCUACAGUACGACGCUGCACAACGCACGUCUUCGUCGUCAAUACCAGUACGAAAUGUUGGCUUAAAUCUACCAUUUACCCCUUCAUAAAAA